AUGGAUCCAGCUGUGGCGAUCGUGUUGGGCCAGGAUCCCGCGCCAUUUGAGCAGCUGCUGCAGCGACUCCUUUCCCCGUCAAACGACGACAGAGGCGAGGCCGAGCGCAUAUUCAAUCUCUGCAAGCAGCAGCCUGACGCUCUCGUUCUCCGCCUCGUCGCGGCGCUGCAGUCCUCCGCCGCAGGAGCGGACGUGCGUACGAUCGGCGCGGUGCUCCUUAGACGAGUGAUUACGAAGGACAGCGUGUCGCUAUGGCCGCAACUGAGUCCCGCGACGCAGGCGACCGUCAAGACUGAAUUACUCGCCAGCGUGCAGAGGGAGCCUACUAAGGCGAUCUGGAAGAAGCUGUGCGACACGAUCGCGGAGCUCGCUGCGGGAAUCGUGGAGUCGGGGACAUGGCCGGAGCUGCUUCCGUUCAUGUUCCAAUGCGUGUCGUCGGCGGACGACCGUCUCAAGGAAGCAUCGCUGCUGAUCUUCGCGCAGCUAGUGCAUUUCUUCCAGUCGCAGCUCAAGCCUCAUCUCCCCACUCUACACAAUGUGCUUCUGCAGUGCCUCUCCCAGUCAGCCAAUCCCGAUGUGCGGAUCGCCGCUCUAAAAGCAGCUGCGAAUUUCGUCGAGGCGCUCGAAACUCCCGAGGAGCUGACGCAAUUCCAGGAUUUACUGCCCGGAAUGAUGCAGACGCUGAACCUGUGCCUGCAGAGCAAAGACGAGGCAAGCGCGCAAGAGGCGCUCGAAAUGCUCAUCGAGGUUGCCGGCAUCGAGCCGCGCUACAUGCGCAAGCAGCUGACUGACGUCAUCGCCGCAAUGCUGCAGAUCGCGGAAUCCACGCAGCUCGAGGACGCCACGCGUCACCUCGCCAUUGAGUUCCUGAUCACGCUGUCAGAGGCCCGCGAGCGCGCGCCGGGGAUGAUGCGCAAGGUGCCGCAUUUGGUGGGCCGGCUGUUUGCAGUGCUGAUGGCGAUGCUGUUGGAUAUCGAGGACACGCCCGAGUGGCACGCCGCGAACGACGAGGAGGAGGAUUCGGGAGAAUCGGCGAAUUACGAGGUCGCACAGGAGUGCCUUGAUAGGCUCGCGAUCUCCGUUGGCGGGAACACCGUUCUCCCCGUCGCGUCGCAGGCGCUUCCCGCGUACUCGACCGACGUGGAUUGGAAGAAGCGGCACGCGGCGCUCGUGUGCCUUGCGCAAAUCGCGGAGGGCUGCACCAAGGUGAUGUCGAAAAGUCUCGACUCGGUGGUGACCAUGGUGCUCGCCGCCUUCAACGACCCCAACCCGCGCGUCAGGUGGGCGGCGAUCAACGCGGUGGGGCAGCUGUCAACAGACCUGGGCCCGGACCUGCAGCAGCAGUACCACGCGCGCGUGCUGCCCGCGCUCAUCGCCGCCAUGGACGACGGCGCCAACCCGCGCGUGCAGGCGCACGCCACCGCCGCCAUCCUCAACUUCAGCGAGGCCGCGACGCCCGAGAUCAUGGCGCCGUACCUGGACCAGCUGCUCAACAAGCUGCUGCAGCUGCUGCAGUUUGGCAAGCGCAUGGUGCAGGAGGGGUCGCUCACAGCCAUUGCUGCCAUCGCUGACUGCUCUCAGGAGCACUUCUCAAAGUACUACGACGGGGUGAUGCCGUACCUGAAGACGGUGCUCACGCAGGCGGGCGACAAGGAGCAGCGCAUGCUGCGCGCCAAGGCCAUGGAGGCCAUCAGCCUGGUGGGCAUGGCGGUGGGCAAGGACAAGUUCCGCGCCGACGCCAAGGAGGUCAUGCAGGUGCUCGUGUCGCUGCAGGCCGCGCCCAUGGAGGACGACGACCUCACCAUGAGCUACAUGCUGCAGGCGUGGGCGAGGCUGUGCAAGUGUCUGGGGGCGGAGUUCCUGCCGUUCAUGCACGUGGUGAUGCCGCCGCUGCUGCACUCCGCAUCGCUCAAGCCCGACGUUACCAUCUCCGACAUUGACGACGACACAGCCAAUGAUGACGACGAUGACGACAGUGUGGAGACGAUAACGAUAGGCGACAAGAAGAUUGGCAUCCGCACGAGCAUGCUGGAGGAGAAGGCGACGGCGUGCAACAUGCUGUGCUGCUACGCUGACGAGCUCAAGGAGGGCUUCUUCCCCUGGAUCGACCAGGUGGCGCAGCUGAUGGUGCCGCUACUCAAGUUCUACUUCCACGAGGAGGUCCGCAAGGCCGCCGCCCAGUCCAUCCCGGAGCUGCUGCUGGACGGCAAGCUGGCGGUGGAGAAGGGCGUGGCGCCGGCAGUGACAGCAACAGCGGAGGGCGAGAAGCGCUACCUCAAGCAGAUGGUCGACUUCCUCGUGCCGCCCCUCGUUGAAGUGCUCACCAAGGAGCCUGAGGUGGAGAUGAUAGUAGUCAUGCUCGAGUCGCUGCAAGAAUGCAUUCAGCUAGGGGGAGUGGAGCUGAGUGCGGAGCAGGUGGCGCAGGUGGUGGCGCAGCUGAAGGCGGUGGUGGAGGGCAGCAGGGGGCGGCGCAAGGAGCGGCUGGAGCGCACCCAGACGGAGGACUUUGACGAGGAGGAGAGCGAGCUGCUGCAGGAGGAGAACGAGCAGGAGGACGAGGUGAUCGACCAGGUGGGCGACUGCAUAGGAGAGCUGGUGCGGGUGUUCAAGGGCAGCUUCAAGCCCUUCGCCGACGAUCUCGCCCCCUUCGUGCUUCAAAUGAUGGACAAGAGUCGGCCGUCCACGGAGAGGAGGGUGGGCAUAUGCAUCUUUGACGACCUGGCGGAGAACAUGGGCGAUGCUGCUGCCAGCUACUUCCCGGCGUUCCUGCCGCACAUCCUGGAAGCCGUACUCGACCCCUUGCCCGAGAUCCGACAGUCAGCAGCAUAUGGCAUUGGCAUCUGUGCACAACAUGGUGGUGCUGCCUUCACGCCAUACGUGCCAGACACGGUGGCACGGCUGGGGCAGGUGGCGAGCAGCGGGGACAGCAAGAGCGAACUCAGCGUGUCAGCAACGGACAACGCCAUAUCAGCCUUGGGGCGCCUGUGUGAGCACCAGGCGCACGCACCCUUUGACUCGGCGCACGUGCUGUCUGUGUGGCUGGCCUACCUGCCCAUCCGGGAGGACCGUGCCGAGGCCAAGGUCGCACACGCGCAGCUCUGUGGCCUGCUGGAAAGGUCGGACACUCGUAUUCUGGGCCCCAACAACCAGAACCUACCCCACAUUGUCGGAGUGCUGCUAGAGGCUGCAUUUCUCACCAUGGCUGGCACGCGCGCUGCGCUGGCGUUGCUCGCGGUCCUAGCCGUAGUCAGCCUGUCGUGCGUUGCAGCGGACGAUGAUGGCAAGGUGCUGACGCUCGACUUCACGAAUUUCGAGUCGGAGGUUAAGAGUCACGACUUUAUCGCCGUUAUGUUCUACGCUCCCUGGUGCGGUCACUGCAAACGACUAGAGCCAGAGUAUCUCAAGGCGGCGGAGAUGCUGGCGGAGGAGGGGUCAGACAUAGUGUUGGCGCGCAUCAACGGCGAUGAGAAGAAGCACAAAGCCCUCGCCAGGAAGUACGGCGUGGGGGGCUUCCCCACCAUCAAGAUCUUCCGCACGGAUUACGCAUCACCAUUGACGUACAAGGGCCCACGGGAGGCAGCGGGGCUGGUGGCGUAUCUGAAGAAGCAGGCGGGGCCGGCCAGCACCAAGGUGCGGUCGGGGUCCGACCUCAAGCGCGCCAUGGAGGACGACGCAGUUGUUGUCGUGGGGCUGUUUUCAACGCUCUCGUCGCCUGAGUUUGAGUCGUUCCUGUCCGUAGCAAGGGAGCUGCGAACGGACUUUGUGUUCAAGCACACCACCGACGCCUCCCUGCUGCCCGCCAAGGGGCCCCAGCUCGAGGCACCCGCCGUGCGCCUGCUCAAGCAGUUCGAUGAGGGGUUCUCCGACACAGAGGAGUUCACACCGGCAGCGCUGAAGGCGUUCAUAGAGCGGCAGGCGGUGCCGCGCGUGGUGGAGUUCAGCCAGGACCCCAAGGACCGCCCCUACCUCUCCCGCGUCUUCCAGGCGCCCACCAACAAGUCGCUGCUGUUCCUGACAUACAGCCUGCCGGACGCGCCAGAGUUCCGCAGCCGGUACGUGGAGGCGGCCCAGGAGCAGCCCGACUCCAUCCGCCUCGUCAUCGGGGAGGCUGCUGCCAACGAGCAUGCUCUUAAGUACUUUGGGCUGGCAGUGAGUGACACGCCAGCCAUGGUGAUCCACGACCCGCGCUACGAUGCCAAGUUCAUCCGCACCCACAUCGCCCCCUCCGACAUCGGCCCCUUCCUUGCCGACUUCCAGGCGGGGAGGGCGGAGAGGGUGUUGAAGAGUGAGGCGGUGCUACAGGGGGACUCAGGGGCGGUGAAGAAGGUCGUGGCCAACAGCUUCAAGGACCUUGUGCUCAAUUCCCGCAAGAAUGUGCUCGUGGAGUUCCACGCCCCGUGGUGCACAGCCUGUGCUGACCUGGAUCCCGUGCUCAAGGACAUGGCAGAGUCUCUCUCCGGCCAGAGGGACGUUGUUGUUGCCAAGAUGGAUUUCUCCGCCAACGACAUUCCGUCGGAUAAGUUUGACGUGAAGGCGCUGCCCACCAUCUACCUCUACACAUCCGCUGGUGUAGCCGUGCCCUAUGCUGGCGACAACUCCAAGGCCAGUCUCCUCGCCUUUGUCCGGAAACACAAGGGAGCCAAGAAGGCCGCUGCUUCUCCCCCGACCGCGGAGGAAUUGGCCGAGGCGGAGGAGAUUGCCAAUGCUGAGGAGGACGAGGAGGACGAGGAUGAGAGGAAGGAUGAGCUCAGAGACGGUGGUGCCGUGAGCAGCGGCGAGGGGAUUGUGAUGGAGCUGCCUUGCUUGCCGUUCAACCCCGCCGAGGUGUUCCUGCCCGGGUCGUCCAAGACGCUGCAUCUGUACGAGGCGCGAUACCUCGCCCUGCUCGAGGAGGUGCUGUCGCGCAGCGGUGGGCUGCUGGGGCACGUGGUGUUGGAGCCCAUGCGAUCGGAGGACGGCCAGGGCAUGACCUUCGUCGCCUCCUAUGGCUGCCUCUCCUAUGUUGAAAGCGUGCGCAAGCUGCAGGUGGGAGCGCUGGUGGCGGUGAGGGGAGUGGGGCGCAUUCGCCUGCAGCAGCUCACGCAAGUGGAGCCCUUCCUGCGCGGCCAGGUCACAGUUGUCACUGAUGAUCGCUCAGAGGAGGGAGCAGGGGCGGGUGGUGUGGGUGAGGAGGUGAAGAAGGCUGUGGAGGAGUUGAGAGCUGUGCUGAGGGACGUGCAGGAGCUGCAGAUCAAGAUCAAGACCAGCACGGACGUGCCCCUACAGACGCCUCUGGAGAGGGCUCUGCGCUGGGUGGACACCGUCACUGCCGCCUCUGCUGCUGCUGCUGCUGCGCCACCAGCAGCACCCACAGCACCUGGCGCCCCUGCCACGUCUGCCACUGCCGCAGCCCAACAGCCAGCUGCCGCCUCGCCUCAGACAGUUGGUGACGCACCACGCACAGGCGCAGGCACAAGCGUAGGUGCAGGAACAGGUGAUGCGAGCAGCAGCAGCAGCAGCAGCAGCAGCAGCAGCAGCAGCAGCAGCAGCAGCAGCAGCAGCAGCAGCAGUGGCAGUGGCAGUGGCAGCACAGAGGCAACGCCGUCAUCGUGGUCCAUUCUGCCUGAUGACGACGGCGUGGAGCCUGACCAGUUGCCGCCCGAACAGCUCGAGUCUGCCGCCCGGUUUCUGGGCUUCCAAGGGCUGCCGACGCCGGCCACCCAGAGCACGGUGGCUGUCGAUUCGGCCUCUGUGACCCUUGACCCUGACUUCGGCAAGACUGCUGGCCGCAGCAGCAGCAGUAGCAGCAGCAGUGGCUCCAGCAGCAGCAGCAGCAGCAGCAGUGAGAGUGAGGGUGGGGGCGAGAGUGAGAAGGCAGGUGGUGUUGGUGAGGGCAUUGAGAACAGGGGGACGUUGGAAGGUGCUGGUUCUGUGGAAGCCCCCGAGGUGCCACCAUACCGGGAGUACCUGCCAUCGUACGAGGAGCUCGUGACCUUUGCUGCCCUGCAACCAGUCGCAGGAGCAUCAGCAGCAGAGCUCCACGGGCUGCUGCAGAAGCGCCUGGCAGCCAUGGAGGAGACAGACACCAUGAAGCGGGCGGCACUGGCUCGGCAGUAUGCAGAACAGAGCCGGGCGGCACUGGCUGCUAAGGUGGCACUGCAGAGCCUACAGCUGUGA